CCGGCAUGGCCAGACUCCACAUUCUGUUUGCUUACAGACUGGUGAUAACAGGGAUCCAGGCAGUUUAUCGUCUGAAGUAUUAAUGACAAGCACUCUACCGAAAGGACAUCGUUCAGAGGGCUCGUUGAGUGCAUGUUGAACUGGUUUGCCAAGCGGGAGUGUGUGACCGCCCCCUGAAACAAGGAUAGUCCCGGACACCAUGGCGUAUCACUGGCGUACCAAUGACGAGCCCAUCACCGUCACACAGCAGCUGGUAGCACGCGCAGCAGAAGUUGCAACGGCGGGAAUAAGAUCUGCAGGUUCUGCUACGCUGCCAACCAGUUCGGCGGUGCACCCACAACCACCGACGGAUCCCUCUUACCAACAUGCCGACACCAACAUCAGUGCCGAUCAAGCCCUUGACGCGGACCAUAUUACACGGCGCUUGCUCGAAAUGUAUCAGUCACACCGACACACUACCCAGGAGCACUUCCGAGGUCCACACAAAUUCAGACGAGUGUUCAUCGGUCCACUGCCCAUCUCCUCGACAACAGCCGCCGCAGCAGUGAUCUUCGCUACCACACAAUCACAGGUGAAGGCUGAGGCUGAAGCCAGAGCCGGAGAUGAAACGGAGACUCCAGCUGGAGGAGAUUCUGAUUGGCAAGCGUUGGGAAAGAAAAGGCAACAGACUCUCGAACAGGCAGAUGGUCUCACAGCAUCUCAUUCGGUGAAGCAUACUCGCACCAUGCCAGCUGCUGCACUAGUUGAUUCAUCGUCUCGAGCCUCGGAUCAGCUCUUUCAGCAAAACAUAUUUAGCCAGAAAGGCGAAGUGGACGGUGCCGACACCAAUCGAGCUUCCCAAAUGAUGCACGAAAGGGGACGAUCAUUACCGACAGAGCACGGACACAGGCAGCCGCAACCAACAUUCGAAUUCGAACCUACAAGUCCUCUGUCACCACCUGUAGCAGUAUCCACCGCAGACAUUUCGAACGCUUCUUCAAUCCCCACGCGGCCACCGCUCGCGACAUCUGCACGCAAAUCAGGAAGCGUACGGCGGAAUGAAUCGCAGGCUAGCUUUGCGACUGCCCAGUCUUAUAUCAGCGCCCGGUCUGAUGCGACCGUCAUCGAGGCGCAAAGCAACGAUCUAGGCAGCGAGCUAUGUGAUCGGCGUGGCAGUGGCGCAACGGCUUCCGCCCGUACCUGCGGAUAUUCAGGCAGCAGCGCCCUCUCACCCAUUCCUGGCAGUACGAUUCUGAACGGCGCCGAUGCCGAUCGCCAUGGCAAAUUUGCGCAGGCUACGCAAGAGGAAGGAGAGGCAGAUGGUUAUAACGGGGAGCAGAAUUCAUCCUCUCUUGGACCACCAUCGCCACUCACACAGACGUUGGCGCUGCCGCGAAUGAGUUCCAACCUCUCUAGCUCUCGUCGCGAUCGGCAUGGCAUGUCGUGGUUCGAGUUGAAUGCAGCAGAAUUUUCCGCAGAUCCGAAUGCUAACCAUAGCUGCAGCAACCUCAACCAUGACAGCAGCGGCGGUGACAAUUCAUCGACCUUCCUCAGCGCUGCUGCUGCUGGAGGAAUGCUGCAGCGGGACCGCAAGCGAUCCUGUGUGAGCAUUGUUGAUACGACUAUCAAUGUCAAUGCAGAACAGAACUCGCCGAUGAGCACCCCGACCAAGCCGACAAGAACCCGCCUUUUGUCGUUCGAGCAGCCCGGAUCAGUGGGACGCGCUGGAUGUCUUGACCAGCUGCAGCAGCAUCAGCAACCACUCCAACGCAAGCCCAUUCUCACAACCUCGCCACUCAGCAAGCGGUUCAGAGACCGAGAGCGCGUCAACACAUGUGGCGCACAACGGGCUGCGUCGUCUGCUAGCUUUGAGACGCUUCGGCCUGUCGCACGAAGGGGUAGACCCAACGACCUUUUCUUCUGGAGUGAGCAAGGCAAUCCCGACGCCAGCGCAGGAAGUGGUGCAGGCAGCGUCAGUGGCAGCAGCAGCGGCGCCCUGCGCAUGCAAACGAUGCAGAUGCAGUCAACACCAGAGAGGCGGACAUCGCUCCUUCGUCCCGUCGCUGGCUAUUCUUCCUCCGCUUCUUCCGUUGAUCCACCAACAAUCAGUCCUGCGUCCAAGAGUGAUCAGUCGCAAAAGCAACAGAUAUCGCAACCGCCACAGGCAGCUGGUCAUUCACGCCAAGCGUCCGCCUUCAGUAAUCGCUCUGAACUUUCGAGGCGGCGACCAAGUGAGCAGCGCUCCCACACUAUUCCGAAUGGUCCUGCGAACGGGUUUUCAUGGUAUCCACACCGUAGAGACGCCUCGCGCAUGAGUCACGUGAGCACCAUCGGCUCACUCGGCACGCACGGUACACGCGCCACAGAGGGUAGUUUUGGUGCUGUUGGUGGCGUCCGAGCUCGCUUGUUCCGGGGUUUGCUCCCUAAGGCGGACAAAGAGCGGCGCGCGAGGGACGAGCAGGUCGUCAGCGCUGCUAGGGCGGCGGCUGCGAUGCAGCUGCGGAAGCAACAGCAGCAGCAGGCCGAGAAAGAGGGACCGGAUCAGCAGCAGUUCGUUGCUGGGCGGGAUAGGAAAGGCGGCGGCCCUCGUCACUACCAUUAUGGACUUCACCGUUCUGCCAAGCCUGAUCCCUUUCAAGUUGGCACUAGCUCUGGUGGCACGCGCUGGGUCGGCUCCAGCUUCGAGACUGGCUUUGCUGUCGAAGAGGUGCUACUUGCCCGCAUCGAGGCUUCGCAUAAAGAAAAGGCCGAGCAGCGCACACAGCAGGAGCGCGCUCGGUGCAUGAGCAUCGUAGAGGAAGAGAAAGUGGGUCAAGCUGCGAUUGACAAGCGGAGGCGCAAAGGCAGCUUCUCGGAACCCCAAGACUUGCGUAGACCAUCGGCAGCUCUGGCGCAGAUGACCAGAGAAGCAAACUUGGCAACACACAGUCGCGAAGGUACCCUGGUCCCGUCUGCCACAAUUACUCGAGGCUCUCAGGCUGUUGCGAGCAGAACUGUAAUUGACACCAGCGGUAAGCGUCGUUCACGCGCCUUUGACGAAGCCUCCACAUCUACCAAUAGCAUCCACAUGCGCCCCAAAGUCAUGACAAGUCCCAAAGCUACGAUAGAUUCAGCGCUGUCAUCUUCUUGCCUCACACUCACCCAGGCCCAUGGCGUCAAUCACGCUCCAGCCUUCGACAUUGAGAGCCGCAAAGGCUGGGCGGACAUUGCAGCGAUGAUGAAUGCGCACAGCGGAAGGAUCAGCGAUCGUAAGCCGGUGCGCCAUGCAGCGGCGGAUGCACUUGCAUCGGCGAGUGCGAUCGAGAAAGCGAGGACGGCAAAGGCGCAGGCGCAGACAACAUCAAAGAACCCUUCUGCGAGACCACCACCCAUUGCCACGCAAGACCAGAGGCAAGAUUCGGUGAAGCUGCAGGUGCUCGUCUCAUCCCCGAAGGACAUGAACGUCACAGGGACAGCGUCCACCCCACCUGGCUCCGACGCUUCCAACGGGCUACCAGAUGGGGCCGAGCAAGUAAAGGUGGCAACGCCGACUGUCGAUAGUAGUGUAUUAGUGCAGCCUGAACAGGAACAGGCAUCAGUGACCACCACCGAAGCAGGGGAGCGACGCACGCUACGAACGAAAAAGUCGGUCCAGUUCGCGCGCAACUCCCCUAGCUCAGAAGCGACCACCUUCUUCCGCCAGCUAACCAAACCCAUCAUUGGCAAGUCCAGCCCAAUGGCAGAAGCGUUGUUCGCGGAUGUAGAGGAGAGGGCAGCGCCGGAGGAGGUGCUGCAACGAAGCGAGGCUGCAGUGCAGCAAAUCGACAAUGAGCAGGCCCGGCUGAGCCAGCUCAGAGCAACAGCCGCGACACAGUCCGAAGAGCUGAUCACCCACAGGUCUGUGCUCAAGCGCGAUAGAAUGCUCGUCAAGAUUGAGUGGACUGCCGCAGAAGACCUGCCUCCGGACUACGAUGAACUGAUCGCGAGAAGGUACUCAACUUAUGAGGAUGACUGGUCGGAGUACAUGGUGGUGCUAAGGAUGGGCCGGUUGGAACUGUGGGAGGAUACAUCCCUGCUCUACAAGCUAAGCGGCCGCGCCAAGCAGCUAAAACUCCGACUUGUUCUCGGUCUGCGCAAGGGUCACACGUUCCAGUCGCUCUAUUCUCCGAUCGAUGGGAUCUUCUGCCUCACUUAUACUUGCAACAACGAGAGACGCAGGGAAGAACGGAAGAGGUCGCUGCAUCUGCGCAAGAGCGGCACAAACAUACUCAUUUUCAAUGCGCGAUUCACCAGCACGGCUCGUGACUGGAUGUGGGAGUUGCACAGGGAGCUCGGUGGUAAUGUGCCCGAGGUGGUUGACGUCCAUGUUCCCGACUUGAACAUCCGCGUCCGCAUUCCCGUGCCAGACGAGGCGACAGAGGAGGUGAAGCAGUCUCUCCUCCUCACGGGUGAUGAGAAUGACCUCCAAGGGGAGGGAUACAAGUUGAUCACCACUCGUAACAUCACCGAGAUAAUCGCACGUCUGCUGCAAGGGAACCCACGCUGGCUCGUACUGGCCCAGCAAAGCAUCGCGGCGAACGCUCCCUUUGAAGUGGCUUGGCGCAUCGGUCGCCGACUAGAAUGGGUGCAUCGAUUCAAUGCUCGGCAUGACACCACAAUAUCCAGCGACGCCGCUGUGGUCAGUGGAGUAUUGCUUCAUACUCGAUUGUCCACGCCCGUCCUGGAGCUCAGGCCAGCGCAGCAUCAUCUUGGCAUCAUCAAAGGACCAGUCGGCGAUAUUCUGGAGGAACCGCCGGCAGCGGAAGGCUAUUUAUGGCGCGUCAAAGCGGUAUCAGGAUCGCUGACACGCGUAUACGUGAGCACCCAUGAUGGGCACAUCUUUUUCUCUUCCAGCAGCAAGGCAUUUGCGCCCGACAAGGAGAUCAUCGCAAUGCUCACCACGCAAAGCCAUUCAGUGGCUACGAAAGGCGUGGAGGAAAUGUUGAAAGCGAAGCGCAAAACGAAACGCAAGGCAGUGCGUGCGGCAGCUCAGAGAGAGCUUGAUGCAGCACUGGAACUCGUUCUGGAUGCGCUUCGCGAUCAUUCUGAUGAUGGGAUGGCCAAGCAAGUGCAGGCGUAUCGGGCGUACGAACGGUGCCGACAAUUUGAGCAAAUCGUCACUGCUGACGGCUAUGUUGAUUUGCGGGACAUUCUCAAGUGCGAGCGUGUGGUGACGACAGAACCCGAAGAGACGCCGCAAUCGGAGAAGGCAGAUGUAUUCGAUCAUUCCCGUGAUUCCAGCUGGCAGGAUGUCUCGAUCCACGCGAGCGAGGACAUUGGUGGAGAAGAGGGGCUGGCUGCGUGCUCUGAUCGUGCUGAGACCCGGGCCAGGCGGCAGAUUGAAGUCACCAUGUCGAAUGGACGAUACAUCCGAUUCGAAGCCUUCUCGACUGCAGUGGCAGAAGAGUGGGUCGUGCGAAUCAACCAACUGGUACGGUACUGGAAAGCCAGGGAGAGAUCCGAUGCGAAGGACCUCAUGGCGAUCGCUACAGCCUCGACCAAACAGCCUGGGACGCAUUCGCGCGACUCGGGCGAGCUCGACAGGCGCUUGCCCUCCAUUUGGAGCUGGUGUCCGAUCAUGAAUUGCCGACCGAUCGUCAGGUGCGGUCGGCUGUUCCGCAAGAUGCGCACGCACGAAGCAUUCAAUGGCCGCUACUUCAUCCUCAUACAAGGGCGCCUGCUCAGCUUUAAGCUGAUGCAGUCUACAAAAAGCGCCAGAGCGAGGCAGAAUGCAGGCAUCUUCCACAAACGUCAAGAAACUGUCCUUCACCUCAGAGAUGCGUACGUCUACAGUGGCAAGCUGACGGAAGACUUUUUACCAGAGGGCAACCAGGCAGCUCAGAGUCUAGGCGUUGGCGGAGGCGGUGGUGACCGUCAUCGUCUACCGCGCGUCUACCAGGAUGGGCUCCAAAGUGUUGACGAUGAAGAGGAUUGCACAUUUGUCAUCCGCUACCGCCCUCAAUGCGUAAAUGCGACACCCGACCCUAUCCCUUACAAAACAUCAAAGGGCCAAGUCGGCCUCAGAGUCAGCUCUUCGACGGGCAGCGCAGCUCCGCCCGACAUCGCAGCACUCCCUUCCCUAAAUGAUGGAACCAUCAGCCAUAUUGUCUUACGAGCGAGGAGUCAAAUGGAACGUGACCUGUGGGUCAAGGCAAUCUCUUGGGAGAUUGAGCGCCUGUGCAAAGAUGACGGGCCGCGGGAAUACAAGUUACGCAACAAAGGGAUCACACCUUACACGUCCCUGUCGUGACCUAUGAUGUAUUAUUUUGGCAGCAAGAACACUCGUUGACGUGAC